AUGAAGGUCUCCGUGGCGGCCCUCUCUCUCCUCAUCCUCAUCCUCACCAUUACUUCUGCUGUUCACAGCCAGCCAGAAAUUCCUGAGUCGGUGAACCCUCCACCCACCUGCUGCCUGACGUAUCAUGAGAAAGUAUUGCCAAGAAAAGUGGUGGUGAGAUACAGAAAGGCCCUCAACUGUUACCUGCCAGCAAUCAUCUUCAUCACCAGAAGGAAACGAGAGAUCUGUACCAACCCCAGUAACGAAUGGGUCCAAGAAUACAUCAAGGAUCCCAGACUAUCUUUGCAUCAUUCCAGGAGGUUGGUCUAG